GAGAAGUUGCUCGGACUCUCCUGCUUUUUGUCCACAUGCUUUGGGAAGGCUGAACCCCAGCCAGACCUAAGUCAUUCUUUUAAUUACUUUUUACCCUUAUUUGUUUUUAUUUGCCAGAAUUUACAAUGAGUGUUAAGCUUGAAUUGAGCAGUUUGGGGUUCGCUGUGCUGUUUUUGGGAAGCGUGUCUUUGAGUCUCCAGUACAACACGAACAGGCAAAGAAACAAAAACUGGUGCGCGUUCAUCGUGCAGAAGAACGUGAGCUGCGUGGUGCGCGCGGACAUUCCCGAAUCCGCGCGCUGCCCUCCACACCAGCCCGACUGCGAGCCGUCAGUGAUGUAUCAGACCCAUUUCCAACCCAGUUACCGGAUCUCCUAUAAGACUGUAACUGAACUGGAAUGGAGGUGCUGCCCAGGAUAUCAAGGUCCAGACUGCAGGGAACUAAAAGGCACCCCAAAUCGGCAGAUGUUACUUAAACCUCAACCAAAGCCACAUCCUCAGCCUCAUAAUGGAUACAUACGAAACUCACAAAGGCCAGAGAGACAGGAGACGGGGCGUCACAACCCCAACAGCGGGAUUGAGAAAACUCGUCAACUGGAAGAAGAAGUGCAACGCCUGUCUCAGACAGUGCUGGAUCUUCAGGCAGCUAUGACUAGCAUGACUGCAAACCUACGUAUUGAUAUACAGGAGGACACUAGCAAAAUGCUUGCCACGCUCCUUACCAAUAUGCAUGUGCAAGAUAGUGCAAAAACAGGAGGUAUAGAGGAAAGCUUGGUGCAUCUGGAUGGUCACCAGGCCACAAGGGGACUCGAGGACAGGGGCAUGGAAAAAGUGCUAGCCAGGCUUAAUGAUGUGACAGAUGCUCUGAAAAGCAAGGACGAGGCAAUUGAGGAGCUGCGGGAAGCUGUGACUGGACACAGUGGCCAGAUCCGAAUGCUAAUGGACGCUUCUCAGGGACCAGUGAUUACUGCUGGUGCUUCCUCAGACAUUGAUAUCCUUGAGGCCUACAUUGAUACAAAGUUUGAGAAAUUAAAGAAGGAGCUGGUUGCGGACAUGAAGGAUGAGGUAGAAAAGCUGAAGGGUGCAUGUGAUGAAAAGAUACUUUCUUUUCAGAAAAUAUAUAAGGAGGGACUGAAGAAUAGUCAUGACAAUCUGACAAAUCUACUGGGCAACCAGGAGGCUGAGCUCAGGAAGGAGAUGCGUGAGCUACGUCUGGAAAUGGUUAUGUCCGAUGGACUGGUGCGCACUCACAGGCAAACGACUCCAUUUAAAGCGGAUGGCAAUGAUCUACAAAAAACACUUGGGCGACUGAUAGAUGCUCAUCAGAUCUUAAACGCUCGUGUGGACAACGAACUGGAACAUCUGUCCAUGUUAAAGCUGGAGGAUAUAUUUGGCCCUCGCAUGGAUGAGCUUGAAGCCAGGAUGAAUUUGACCGAGAGGAACGCAGAAACCUACUGCUUCUAUGUGGAUGAGAAGUUAACCAAGGCUCUAGCUAAAGAAGCAGCAAUGCUCCAGAAGCUCUUGAACGAGAAGCUGAAUUCUAUACAGGAAGACUUUACAAGCAUGCUGAUCGAAAUAAGUAACACGUCCUUCCCAGGGAUGUUCAGCGAAUCCGUUGAUGCUCUGCAAAAUCAGGUUAAUGCAAACAAGUUUGUAAUUCAGGGGCUGGAGUUAAAGCUAAAUGCUCUCGAGAACAUAUGCUCCACUGACUGCAAAUCAAGUUCAUCAGUGGAUCCUCAACAUCUAGGCCCUCUGGAGAGUAUUACAAAUGAUGUGAGGCAGUGUAGAAAUCAACUGGAUGUCCUGAGCACCAAUGUUGAAAACAGUGCAGUGAGGCUUAGAGAAUUAGAAGCCGAAGUCGAUGAUCUGAAGGUUGAGAAUCAACAGAACGGUGUUAGCAUACGGGUUGUGCAGAACAAGUUGAAGCCUCUAACGGAUAAUGUGAGUGGUCUAACUGGAUCUGUGACAGGGUUAGGAGAUGUCAUGAGCAAGUUUAGCCAAGAUCUUGAAAACCUGAACUCUACUUGUUGCAGAGGGACACAAACAGAACACAUUCAGAUACAUUCAAUGGCACCACCAGUGUCCCACGAGGUAGGUAAACCAAGCCACAGUCAAGUGGAGGAGCUUAGCAACAGACUACAUAGCCUGGAAUCCCAGAUGACUACAGAGUUGACCCUUUGCAAGGAGAAGGCACAGGGUGUAGCUGAAGGCAUCUCUGCACUAGGCAGCAGAAUUACUACACUAGAAGGGUUGUGUGGUAAGGUAAAUGAUGAAAGAACUCAAGUUCAGGAUGUGAAAAAGGGUCUGGAGAGAAACUUGGCUGAAAUGAACUCAACACUGCAGAUGCACUCCGGAGAGAUCAGCAACCUCCAGCGCCACCUGCAAAAUGUAAAGACUCAGCAAGGAGUGCAAGUGAAGCCUGACAAACCGAACACAGUUCCUGAUUCCAGGACUUUCUACCCACCGAAGAGGUCACAUAUUCCUGAGAUCCACAUUCCUUUGCUGUUUCCACAAAGGCAAGUGCCUGUUCCUUCCUAUCCAGUUCAACGGCAGCCACAUGGCGAGCCCUCAAUCCCACGCCAACCUUACGCUCCUCCGCGGCCUUCAACCCCACACCUACAGCCUCAUGUACCAGUUGUCGUGACUGGAGUGGCUGGACCACCUGGAUACGAACAAAGAGUGCCCUCACGACGGGAGCGUGGAUCCCAUGAGUUAAGCAAACCUGUCUCCGGAUUUGCAGGUGCACCAGGCCCUCUUCCCAUAAAUCGAGUGGCUUAUAAACCCUACCCGAUGGCAGCUUCCCAAGCUUUAUGGAAUCCCACACAAAGGCUUGUUGCUACUCCAGUGUCACCUGAAAGAAACAUGUUUGUAGAGCCGAUCUCCUUUUCAGCCGGUCUCACAGAACAGGCGCAUUUAGGAGAUUUUGGCAUUAUCCAGUUUAAUAAAGUGCUAGUUAAUGAUGGAGGGCACUACAAUCCACAAACAGGUAUCUUCACGGUGCCAGUGACCGGUCGUUAUCUAGUCUCGACCGUGCUGACACCUCCACGGCAUGAGCGCAUCGAGGCUGUGCUCUCCGUGUCUGAGCGCAGCGUACACAAGCUGGAUUCAGCAGGUUAUGGAGAACAGAACGGCCAGCGCGCAUCAAGGCCUUGUCAGUGCGGCAGCUCUGUCUCAUUCAGCCUCGUGCUCCCUUUGCGUGCAGGAGAUCGAGUUGCGCUAGUGCGCACAGCUGGCGCGCUUGCCCUCUCUGAGGCCAAAGAGAUACUCUCAACGUUCAGCUGUGUCUUCCUCUACUCGACUCAGGUUCACAGAUAACACCCAGGGAAAAGGGGAAGAAAAAAAAUGCACACAUAUGCUACAGAGGACUGCCUGGCUGUGCAGCGCUCCACAUUGACAAGGCAGCCCGUGGAGAGCUUAGACCUCACUGCAAGGAAAUCACUGCUUGGCUUUGGCUUAAGAAUCUUCAGGAAAAAGAAGUGCCACACAGUGUACUUAAGAUAUUUAGCCUAUUUUCUUUGUAUAAUAUUUUUAGUUACCUUGAACCAUUUAAUAUAAAAGGGUGGCUUAUCAUGAGCGACUUCAAACAUAAUCAACACACCAGAUUGCAUUGAAUCAUUUCAUUACAAAUGAAUAAGCAGUGUUAUAAAUACCUUUGCUAUAUGUAAGAAAAAAAAAUCCAUACUGUCAUAGGACUAUAAUAAAUGAGUGGAUGGUGUAACAUUACCACAAUGAAGACAACACCUUCCAAUGUCUUUCAUUACUCUUAUACCAUAGGAAUUAACCAAAUUUUUUUAUUAUUAUUAAUGAACAAUGUCAAUUAUUUCUAGUUACAUUUAAAGCUGUGCAAUGUAUGUCAAGCAUAUUAGUUCUUGUCAUCACUUCCCUUAAAACAGUCAUUCCAUCACCAGUGUCUUUUGUACCCUCCAAAAAAAGAAAAAAAUCUUAAAAUUGCAUUUACAGCUUUACCUCUAAUUGUUAGAAAAUGUCGACACUGGAGACUCCUUCCAUCAAUGUAAAAUGAACAUUUCUACACAGAAACCUCAUUAGAUCAACAAUAAAGUUUUUUUUUGUUUGUUUUUUUAUCUAUUUGUGUGACACAAGUCUCUAAGGGCUUGUUCAAGAGUGCAGGCUGAACUAAACCUGAUUUUCAGGACUGACUACACACACAGUUAUUUGAAAGUGACCAGAUAGGAUUCGACUCUGUACAGACUGGCAGCCCAAAUCUGAUACAUUGUCGAACCUAUCUGUAUUGGUUGCCGUGAGAAUGACGCUGGAGGCUCACAUAUUUCCUCAUAAAGUGUAUCACCAUUUCUGUACAUUCUCUCUAGCUUUGUCUGUACUGAUGUACUGUACUGACCCCCAAAAGUGAUAAAAUUUUACGUCAUCCUGUA